GGCUCUAUCUGUAAAUAUAUCCCAUAAUAUUUUAGCCUUUUCAAGAAACCAAUUAGCCUUUUUAAAAGAUUUACUUAGUAGGAAAAAUAAAUUACAAAGAGAAGAGAGAAGUGAUCAGGUGCAGUGAGGUGUAGGAUAUGAAAUUCUUGUUAGAGCUCGUCGUGCCUUGUUUUGGUUCACAACAGUUCAACCAAUCCACCGUCACAGCCGCGGACGAUUCGGUUUCAGACGAAACGCAAACGCUCGUGAAACAGCGAAGGCGGCGGAAACGCGUUAGAGUGGCUGGUCAACCUGGACAACAGGUGGUAGAGUGGAGACCGUCGCUUAGCGUGAUCUCCGAGAACAAACCGGCUAUAACGGAGAAAUCUGAAAAGGAAGUAGAAAAGAAGAAAGUUCGUCGGAAAAGCGAAGGCAACGACGGCGGAGACGCGUCUUCACGAUCCGGCGGUGGUCAUGUUCGUUUCCGUAGUGAUGAUUUCGGGAGGAAUGCUUUCGAACCGGUGAUUCCGGCGUUCUCACCGACUCCGUUCAUGUUUUGAGUUAUGUUUUUUAAGUUACUUGUGAAGUUUAUUAAUUAUGUGUAUGAUAUAUAUGUAGUAGUAGUAGUAAUAAAUAUGUUAAUGAUAAGAUGUAGCAUCUAAUGUAAUGUAUAUAUUUCUUUGAUAUUAUAGUGACUA